CGCCUUGCUGUGGAAUUAAAGAGUGUAAGUGGGAACUAUCCUGACCAGAAGCGCUACAUGUUGGUGCGUCGAUCCGCUCCGUGAACCAGGACCCGUCCGAGCCGUGAUUCGGUGCCUCCGCUCUGAUUGACCGGUGGACCGAGACCCGAACCAUGCCGCCGGUCGGCGUGUUUCCGACCCUGCUCCUUCUGAUCAGCGGGGUUUCUACUGCGACUGUUCCACCUCCAGCAAAUGUAAUCGUGAGCUGCCAAAAUGUCCGAACCACAGUGAGCUGGGAUUACAGCGACCAGCAGCCGCACACCGACUUCAGGGUGAACGUUAGUGGGACUUCUGGGAACUGGAAUGAGAGCGUCACCACAGAGCAUCAGUUUGAUCUGAGCCACUUCGUCUGGAAGUCUGAAGAGAACUACAAGGACUUCCUUUAUGUGACUGUAACGGCCGAACAGGGAGGCAGCCGGUCUGAAGGAGUCAAGUCAAACACGUUCUCCUUUAAUGACGUGAAAACAGUUGAAACAAGAUGCUUUUUGGAUUUCCCUCCUGUGGAUGUGAAAGUGGAUGAGUCGAGGGCCACAGUGAGUUUCCCAAAUCCGGUCAGCUUCUACAAGGAGCUGGAGCGGACCAUCAAUCGAAAUGCUGCCCCCGUAUUUAAAUACGUCGUCUCUACAGCCACAAAUGGCAACGCGGAUUUUGAACAGUUUGAAGACGUAUGCAUGGUGAAUCAUGACACCUGCAAGCUUGGUAAGCAAUUGCCUGCGGGAGUGAAGUGCGUCAACCUAACAGGAGGGCUGUUUGAUCGUAGCCAGCUGGUGUUCAGAGAGGUCGUGCAGAGAUGUGCCCCCGGUCCAGUCGUGUUCCAUGUGGUCAUGCUCGCCGUGAUACUGUUGUUCGUCCUUGUCCUCAUCACCACUGUGGUGGUAGUUUACAUUUGUAAGACGAAUGCGUGGACGUUUAAUACACACGACAAACCCAGUGUUCUGGAGGAAGACUUCAAGCAAACAGGCCGCAAACAGUAUCACACUCUGCCCAAAGACGACUUCAGUGUAGUCUCCGUCGACGGGCCUCAGAGGCUGUUGGUCAGCACUGAGGACAGCAAUCCCUCCAAGGACCUCCACAACAGCAGUGCCGCUUCUGAUCAGUGCGGAUCCCUCUACAUGGAAAGACAGCUUUCAGAGAGCAGCAAUCAGGAGCUGGAAGAUGCAGAGUUGACAUCUGGGGCAAGCGGGACAGACAGUGACUCUGCAGACGGCUCUGUGAAGACAGAGUCCGUUUCUAUGGGUUCGGAGGAUGAUGAUGAACAGCUGCUUGAGCAAGGCCCCUACGACCGUCGACACGCUGUGAUGUUGGACAUGGGUGAUGGGGACAUGGCCACAGGUUACAAGGGCUUGUAAACCAACUCAGAUCAGAUUGGUUCAGUGGGGAUUUUAACUGAGGUGACCCAGGACUAGUUGGUAUGAUUGCACCUCAAGGCGAACCGUGGCCAAUGCAGACCAAACCCCUACACUCAGGUGACACUGGAGAGGGAUGCUGUAUCCCACUGCUGUUUCUGACUGCCCUGUCAGAUCAACACUAAAGGUGUACUCUCUGAGAUGAAAGCCCUCUUUUUCUUGGUCCAAGGACAUUUUUGUGGACCUCAUAUUGAAGGCGACCUGCAAACACCUUCAGAAAAAAUGAACACAACAAUAUUCUACACACCUCUGAGCCUCUUUAGAAGGAAGAAACUGGAUGAAGUCACAGCACUGCAACACAAAGUGGCUCAAAUUGGAUAUUUUGCAUUUUGGUGGACUGAACAAUAAGGCAGCGUUUUGGAAUAUGACUUUCCAACAGUGUGAAAUCUCCGUCCACGUUUUGAGAAGCUACAGUCAUUAUGAAAGCUGCUCUUUUCCUUUGUCUCAGGGAAACGAGCCGGUGAUCUCCCAGUCACCCUCCAGCUGCUUUCUGUCUGGUAACAGAGGCUGCUCGAUGGAUGUAAAGCUGACACCACCCUCAGCCGCCCUCUGCUCCUGUGGCAUUUUAUCAGAUGCAGCAGUGCAGACUGUUGUCAGAGAAGGGCUACAGUCGAGGAAACAAGCUCCAAAAGAAGAAUACAUCAAGACAGCCCACCCAAAUGAUGAACAAAAAACAUUUCUCACUUGCAUCAAGUGAUAUCCAAUCAUAUAGAUGGUAUUGGUUCUAUUCGCCCCGGUUUAAUCUGUGUCUCAGUUUUAGGGUUUGUUUUUUCUCUAAUAUAGAUUCAUCCUAAUGCAACACAAUUUUAGUUGUCUGUUUACAGAACAGCAGCUGAGAUGAUUUAUUCUGUGAACAACAGUCACAAUAGAAGCUAUUUAUCUCUGGGCUGUAACCAUGAAGACGACUACGAUGGAUGCGUACGACCUCCACAAAUGAGACUCCGUUAAACUCCUUUGUGCUGCACUGGGAUGUCAGUAAAAAUCUCAAAAUCUGGACCAAUAAAACCAAUCUAUCUACAUCCUUAAUACCCCCAGAGGAGAAAAAAAGCUAAGUGGGCAUUAAAGACUCUGACUGAUGGUUGUGAUGGUCUUUUACGGGUUUUGGAUGAGUGUUGAGAAGCUCAUUGUCGGGACUUUCCAACAUCCGGGAGCAGGCUUACUGCCAGAAUACCCUUCCACGCCUCAACAACAACAACGACUGUGAGACUCGUGACCUGCAGAACAGGUCUUCAGCAAUGUGUGGGAGUGACUUCAGCCUGUGUGACGGACGAGCAGGUUUUCUGUUUACAAAACUUCAGGUUUGAUCUUUUUUUUUUUAAUGCUGGGGAAGUUUUUUAUGUGCCAUAUAAAAUGAGCUUUCUUUACAUGGUUUUAAAAAACGUACUUAAAUACUAAUUUUACAAAAAUUAAUUGGUUUUAAUGUGUAAUUCAUUUUUUAAAAACUGUACUUGCCACACACACUGACGAAGGAUGUCCCCUUCUAAUAUAAAAUGUGCGUUUGUUGAACAAACUUCGCUGUGACAGUUCUUCACUGGAGGAAAAGUCCAGUGUUCGCUUCUGCCUUCAUGUUGUGUGUAAUCUGUGUUUGCAUGAGAACAAGGAAUGCCAGAGAUGUUCUGCUGAUUCUUAUCACCUGUGGGGGAAGUUCAGUCUGAUGACAUCAAUGCAAAAUCUGAACUUUUUUUUUGUUUUUAAUAAAGACACAUGAACAGUU